UGCGAUAUCCAGGAAGUUGCCUACAGAAGGUGAACUCACAGAAACAAAUAUAGCUAGUUAGCUAGCUGGUUAGGUCGCUACAGCUAACCGUUUUGCCUAUUGCGGAGAUAUAUGUCACUGUCUUUUGUUGCUUCAUUUCAUUACUUUAAUAUUCGGUGUUAAGUAAUCACAGUAAGGACUAUUACAAAAAGUCUAAAGUAAAAAUAACGUUAGCUAGUUAGCUAGCUAAGUCGAUACAGCUAGCUAGCUGUUCGUGUUUUUCCUUGUAUGUCCGGUGUGACAUCAUUUCACGACGAAGUUCAACGGAAAACAGCAGUGAAGGCUACCAAUGGCGGACGACUUUGAUAUCGAGGCCAUGCUCGAAGCUCCUUACAAGAAGACUUGCCUAAUGAUAUCUCACCUCUACUUCCCUGAAUACACCUUUGAUUCCAGUGUGAACUGUGAAAAAAGACGAGAUGUGAGACAGAGAUGGCAUCGCGCUCUCACAGUCCGACCGCUCUAAUGGGGUGAAGAUCUCGUGGAAUGACACGGCCUCAACUGUGGGAAUCCCUUUAGCGACCCUGCCCUUAGCAGCAAGCUUUAGGCUUAAGAUAGCAGGGAUGACAGCAAGUCCUCUAGUGCAAAUGGCCAUGAUGAGCACAGCAGGAAGAAAAAAACAUGGUCGCAGCCGGAGUCGCAGUGCGAGUGCAGAGAGGCGCAGGAGCAGGAGCAAGGAGCGCCGGAAGAGCCGGGAGCGGCGCAAGAGCCGCAGCCGUGAGAGGAAGCGCUCACGUAGCAGAGAGCGCCCCCACUCUGACUCUCGCACUCACGAACGACACGGCCGCUACCGUGGCCGCAAGAGUCCCUAUUUGGGCCCGAAAUUUAACGGUGGUCCUGGAGGGAAGAGUGGCCCACCUCAUGCCACCAAACUAAGUCGCAGGCGUUCUCGAAGCAAGAGCCCCACAAAGAGAGACAAAAGCCCCAUCAGGCAGCCAAUUGACAAUCUCAGCGCAGAGGAGAGAGAUGCCCGCACUGUGUUCUGCAUGCAGCUGGCUGCCAGGAUCCGACCCAGAGACUUGGAGGAGUUCUUUUCUGCCGUGGGCAAAGUGCGUGAUGUGAGGAUGAUUUCAGACAGGAACUCACGCAGGUCCAAGGGCAUUGCCUACGUUGAAUUUGUGGAGGCGACAUCUGUGCCGCUGGCCAUCGGGCUGACGGGACAGAAGCUACUGGGGGUGCCCAUCAUUGUCCAGGCAUCACAGGCCGAGAAGAACCGGGCGGCAGCGGCCGCCGCUGCCAGUAUCCUGCAGAAGGGCAGCGCGGGGCCCAUGCGACUCUACGUUGGCUCACUGCACUUCAACAUCACGGAGGACAUGCUCCGAGGCAUCUUCGAGCCGUUCGGCAGGAUUGAGAGCAUCCAACUGAUGAUGGACAGUGAGACAGGCAGGUCCAAAGGCUACGGCUUCAUAUCAUUCGCUGACGCUGAGUGCGCCAAGAAGGCCCUGGAGCAGCUGAAUGGCUUUGAGUUGGCUGGCCGGCCCAUGAAGGUGGGCCACGUGACGGAGCGCUCGGAUGGCUCCUCGGCAAGCUCCUUCCUGGACAACGAUGAGCUGGAGCGCACGGGCAUUGACCUGGGCACUACGGGCCGCCUGCAGCUCAUGGCUCGCCUCGCAGAGGGUACAGGCCUGCAGAUUCCCCCUGCUGCACAACAGGCCCUGCAAAUGACCGGCUCCAUUCCGUUUGCUAACUUGCCUGGAGCGACCCCUGCCUUGAUCCCCAGCCCUGCGAUGAACCAGGCCAUGAACCUUCCCACACAACCACUGGCCACCCACUGCCUGCAGCUCUCCAACAUGUUCAACCCUCAGUCAGAAAAUGAACCUGGCUGGGACUCAGAGAUUCGGGAUGAUGUCAUAGAAGAGUGCAACAAGCAUGGAGGCAUCAUACACAUUUAUGUAGACAAGAACUCUCCCCAGGGUAACGUGUAUGUGAAGUGUCCCUCCAUCCCCGCCGCCAUGGCUUCUGUGAGCGCCCUGCAUGGACGCUGGUUCGCAGGCAAAAUGAUCACAGCUGCCUAUGUGCCCCUCCCCACCUACCACAACCUUUUCCCAGACUCGGUCACAGCCACACAGCUACUGAUGCCCACGCGGCGGUGAUCCAUCCACCUUGUGUAUAUCUACUCUCCCUGGAAACACCCACAGACCCAUAAACCCAUGAACCUGUUCAGUUGUCCGAUGAGGGGUCAGCUAGUCUAGGUCAGUAAAGCCAGUGAAGAACUGGAAGCCCACUGACCCACACUGACUGCGUCUUGGGCUCUUCCUAACCAGUUUUGAAGGAGAUUUUGAAGAUUUUUUUUUUAAAAAAAAAACAGCGUUCUUAUCUUUUCAGUGCACUUGGAGCAUUGGGCAUGCCUAGUGACGUAGAACACAGCUUGCUUAAGUUUUCAAACAAGGCUUUUCUUUCAAACAAGGCUGAUCUUCAUCCUGUAUAUAUUAGGCUUGUUGUCAUGGUCUCGAGACUCUGUGACUCUUACGAGUAUUUUUGUGAAGUUGGUGUACACAUGACAGAACUGAAGGGUUGUUGCCCCACCCCCAUCAUAACCCCAUCAAGCUGUAUUUGAUGUACUUGGAUAUCGGAGAACACUUUACAUUUAUAGCCUUUUGUAAUCAAUCUUUGGUCAAUUUUGUACAGAAACAUGAUUAAAAUUGCUUUGAAAAUAA